AUGUCCUCCAGUUCUUCGAUUAACUCUUCUUCUAAUCAAAUCCUUCCGGAAGAUCACCGCGAAUCCUCGGAGCCGAGCUCUUCCUCUUCAAACCCUCAUCUAUCGAAUUCGUCUCAGGGAGAAAGCAAUCCCCCACAACUAGUUCGCAAGAACUCUAGGUCUGUUGAUGCGAGCAGCAGCCGUGCUAGACCUCGAGUCGAAGCUACCGAGCAAUUGGUGACAGAAACUCGCGAGACAGAAGCUCGUGCUGGACCGAACGCUGGUGGUAUCGACCACGAGAUCGAGGAGGUCGAGGAACCUGAAGGAGAGAAUCAGGAAGAGAAUGCCACUGAAGCAGAAGUUGCCGAGGACAACCUCGAAGCAGUGAACCAUGCUUCACCACCGCUUCCAAAGCGAAGGGUCGUUCGCCCCAACAACGUGCCAUCUUCUUCCGUUACUCCGGGUGCUGUUCAGGCCAUGCUCGAAGAAAAUGGGCUCUCGGACCUAAUUGUUUUUAUAAUUUCAGAAGCUGGAGAUCGGCUGUGGGACGUGCCCGAAGGCUUCCUCUGCAUCUACUUGACCUAUUUCACGCAGUGCGGGCUCUCGCUUCCUAUCCCCUCUCGUCUCCUUGGAUACUGCAAUCGGUGUGGUGUAGCUCUCACACAGGUGAUGCCAGCCUCGAUAACGAACUACGUAGGAUUCGUUACCUUGUGCGAUGAGCUCGGUGAGAUCCCCUCCAGUCGACUGUUUGAGGAUCUCUUCUCGGUCAACAUCCACAAGUCUAAGGAAUGGUUCUUCGCAGCGAACGCCAAACCGAGGAAGAACAUCGUGUCUGGGGUCAAGCCCAGUUGUCAUCUCCCAAGUCUUCUUCUCAAUUCCGGACUAACUUCCGAAUUUGAAGCCGCUUUCAGUGAGGCCGGUAAACGCCGUUGGCCCGAAGUUUGGGAAGAAAUCCUUCAACGUCGAGCUAAGAAAGCAGGUUCCGUUCAAGAACCAAAGCCGGUGAAACGAAAAGUUCGAGCUAAUAAGCCCCGGGCUGCUCCAAGACGAAAGGCGCCUAAAUCGCGAGCCAAACGAACUCAGACCGCCAGGAUGCUUUCGCUAGACGAGAUCCCAACCUUGUUUGAUGAAGAAGAGCCAAACUUUGCAGAUCCGACUCAUGUCCCUGCCACCGAAGGGACCAACGAGCAGCCUGAAGAGUUGCCGCCUGCUGCGAACUCGCCUAACCAAGCCGGUCAGAAGAAGCCGAAGAAGAAGAAGUCUUCGAAGAAGACUAAGAGGAUUGAAGAUUCUUCUCGGGCACAGGAUGCAUCUGCUGAGCUCGACCCGCCAACAACUGUGGCGUCGGACCUCGCUCUUCCUCAAGAUCGAGCUGAGGCUUCUCAUUCUCGGAAGAGACAUGCCGAAGGUUCUCCGGAGCCCGAGCCGGCUAAGAGGGCUAAAGUCUGUUUCGACUACGAUGAGGAGACUCCUUUCGAGGAGAACGUUGAUGCUUGCGCCGAUCUUUACCACAAGAUCUCUUCUGACGUCCCAAGUCUCCCGGCGACCUCCGAGCUCCGGUUCCCUAACUUGUACAAGGGGAUUGCUCGCACAACUGCCGUGCUCGCCAGCCAGACCAACACUCUGGAAAGGGUCUCCAAAGCGGAAGAGCGCCUUGCCACCGAGCUCCAAAUCAAUGACACUCUCCACUCUUCGGUUGAUCUGCUGAAGCAAGAGAGUGCAGAGCUGAAGGCGGUGAGAAAAGAGCUGACCGAGGCUCGAAACAUGCUUGCUCAGGAGUUCGAGAAGGAUCGGGAGCGGCUACGUGCCUUGGUGACCCACUGGAAGGGUCGAGCUAGGAGCGUUCACGCACAAGCUUGCGAACGUUUGGAGAAGGUGAUCCGCAGCUUGGACGACGCCGAUCGAGCCCGCAAGCCCUACUUGGUGGUCAAUCAACUCACUAGAGUUCUCGGCUUCAUUAAGCAGCUGAAAAAGAAAGGUUUGUACGAGGUCCCGCCAGAGAUGGUUGCCAACAUCGAGGCGAAGCAUGCUAAGGCGUUAGAAGACUUUCGUUCAAUCGAUGCUUGUGUUCUCACCGAGGAGGAUAAGCGGAUGUCUCCGUUCGUGGAAGAAGAUGAUAUUCCGGUCGUGGCUGUGACCCAGAGCGCGCAAGAUCCUGCGAGGGGCGAGCAAUUCGGUUCAAACAAGGAUAUGAUCAACGUCGAUCAAGCUGCUACUUCAAAGUCUGCUUAG